AGUUGUGUUUAUGCCGGGUUUUAUAUAUACUGGAAUAUAUACCCGGAAAAACUCAAAAACUUAUGAUUAUACAAUACUUUUGUCAACUUAACGAAUUGUUAAUUCAUGUUAAUAUAACAAACUAUGUUAGUUUAUGGGAAUCUUCCCAAUUUGAAUCAGAUUUAAUUCGUUACAUUGAAUGAGCAUGUUAUAAGUAUAUUCGUAUAUGGAUGCCUAAAGUCAAUUAACGAAUUGUCAAAUAAAGAGCGGAAAGUUAGUUAGUUAUACAAAUAAAUGUAGGUUUACAUUCGAAUUAGUUAUAGUUUUAGAUUACUAUCUACAGUUCCUGACACGAAAUAUUGCCGACAAUGAACGCAAUCAGAUGAAUGUUAUGGGCAUGUUAACAGCCAAAAUUGCGAGUAAUGUUAAUGAUCUACAAAAAAAAAAAAGUACAAUAAUUAACGAAAUCAGAUGAUACUUUGUAAUCUAUAUAUAGUUAGUUAGACCUUUAAGCGCGACAUUAAAAAUGUUCGCGAAUUCAAGGCUAGUCGUAUUUUGGUUCCUGCUCAAAUGUUCUUUGGGUGAACGCAACUGGAUUUACGAACCACUCUCUGUUGAAGCGAAAACCUCGGAUCCAUCCAAAUUAAAUAUUGAACCAUCAUUGGAUCGUAUUGGACGUGAUUUUACAAUAUCAAUCAAUUUGGAUUGGAACUACGACGUAGACGAAACGACAAUGGUGGAAGCGUUCAGUUAUCGCAGCGCUUCGGGCAACGAGAAGGAUUAUACCCUAAUGCCAUGGACCAUGCCCAAACAGACAUAUCAACAGUAUACCGAAACCUAUUAUCAAAAUAUUGUCUACAAGAAUUUAGCAAACUGCUCAAAUCUGCCCGAGCCUGACAACACCUACCCCUGGCCCAAGGGACAAUACAAAUUGGAGAAGUGUGUGGCCAAUGGCGAUGGAUUACCCGAAAUUGCACCCGAAGGAUAUUAUAAAAUAAUAUUUCAGGUAUCCGGUGAGGUCGAUUGGGAAUUUGUAAUGAUAUCAAAGUUGACAAGUAAUACAAAUUUGAUUGGUUGAGAAGUGUGAGAUGGGAGAAUUAUUGAGAACUAUCUUAUGUGUGUAUAUGUAUAUAACCACUAAGAUAUUAGAAUAAACGCAAAAGUUGAUUAUGUUGAUUGAUGUAUAGAAUUACAGUAAUGAAUAAUCAGCAGAAUAGUCAUUAUCCA